CUUUGUAAAUGAUUAGAGCUCUUUCAGUUUCACUCUUUUAGUGCACAUAAUUAUAUUUUAUUCGACAAUUUGCGAAAAUGGAAGAACAAUCAGAAUCCAUAAAUAUAAAAAAUCUUCUCAAAUCUCGAAAACCAAUAUUAUUUAAAAACUACAUAAAUUCAUGGCCGAUUAUAAAGUUCACGAUGGAAGACUGGUAUACAAAAUUCAAAGGAAAAAUAUUACCGAUUCGUAUUGGGCACAAAAAGCAUUAUACACAACAAUGGGAGCGAUCAUGCAAAAUUGUUGACAUGAAUUUCAAAGAUUUCAUAAAAGAUUUUCAGGAUUCAGAAGAUAAAUGGGGAUAUUUUGAUUAUAAACAUAUGAAUACAUGGUUUGAAGAAGAUAUGAGCAAUAUGUUUGAUUGGAAGAUUUUUGGUGUUGAAGAAAUUGGUUGUCGAGAUAGUACAUUGUGGAUAGGUACGCCUGGUGCCCAUACCCCGUGUCAUUAUGAUGCUUAUAGUUUUAACUUGGUAGCACAAAUCUCUGGACGGUGA